GGCGGGGCCGGGAGCGGGGCGGGGUUCUGGCGGGCGGCGCGGCGGCGGCGCCGGCCCCCGGCCUUGACUCCGGCGGCGGCGGGCAGGAGCGGGCGCUGCCGCCCUGUCAGGCUUCUCGGCUGCGCCGGGGCUCCGCGCUGGCCGCGCCCUCUGCCCCGCUGCGGGGAAAGCCGGGCGGGCCGGGGAGAGGGAGCGGCGCACACCGAGCUCGGGAGGCGGCUGCGGAGAGCGGAGCCCUGUCCCGGCAGCCGCGGGAGGCCAAAGGGAGGCAGGGGCCCAGCGAGGAAGGCGAGGAUAAAUGGGUGUGUAUGACUUUUCCCCUGAUCUAAAGUGGUUCCAUGUCUUGUUUGGACUGCUCCUGUAUUCUGCGUACACCAGUUGAAUCAAUCAGACCAGAAGAGCUAUCUCAGAGCAGCAUCCAUGAAUGCCUGGCUGAUUCUGAUCUAGCCUGGAUUCCCCCAUCUACAGGAAAGAAUGAAAUGAUAUUUUGCUCUUCUAAUGUCUCUCAUUAUGAACUCCAGCUGGAAAUAGGAAGGAGGUUCAACAAUUUAACUUCAGUCUACCUUGCACGGCAUACACCUACAGACAGGCAAGUUGCUGUAAGGAUCACAGACCUUGAAAAUUGCUCUGAAGAGCACUUGAGAGCCUUACAGAAUGAGGUGGUUUUAUCGCACUUUUUCCAGCAUCCCAACAUAAUGACAUUUUGGACAGUGUUUACAGCUGGAAGCUGGCUUUGGGUCAUCUCCCCAUUCAUGGCCUAUGGUUCAGCUAGACACCUGCUGAAGACUUACUUUCCUGAAGGAAUGAGUGAAGCUUUGAUAGGGAACAUUCUGUUUGGUGCAAUCAGAGGAUUAAAUUACAUGCACCAGAAUGGAUAUAUUCACAGGAAUAUUAAAGCUAGCCACAUUCUGAUUUCAGAAGAUGGGCUGGUUUCUCUCUCUGGCCUAAACAACCUCUACAGUUUAGUUAGCAAUGGACAGAAAUCAAAGGUGGUGUAUGAUUUCCCCCAGUUUAGUACAUCUGUGCUUCCUUGGCUGAGUCCUGAACUACUGAGACAGGAUUUGUCUGGCUAUAACAUGAAGUCUGACAUUUACAGUGUGGGAAUUACAGCAUGUGAAUUAGCCAAUGGACACGUUCCAUUUCAAGAUAUGCCUCGCACUCAGAUGCUGCUGCAAAAGCUGAAAGGUCCCACCUACUGUCCAUGGGAUAUAAAUGCCUUUCCCCGGGGGGAAUCCAGGAUGAAGAAUUCCCGAUCAGGUGUUGAUUCUGGAAUUGGUGAGAGCAUGACACGCACAAUGACCAGUGAAAGACUCCAAAUGCCCUUUGCCAAAACAUUUUCACCUGCUUUCCACAACUUGGUAGAACUUUGCCUGCAACAGGACCCAGAGAAAAGGCCAUCAGCAAGCAGUUUGCUUUCGCAUACGUUCUUCAGACAGAUAAAGGAACAAACACAGAAUUCAUUACUGUCCCUAUUACCACCUCCUAUUCAAAAUAACAGAUCAGCGUUCUUGGCACUGCCCUCAACAGCAGUUGGGACUGAACUUGGACAUAUCGCUACAAAUCAAGAUGAUACAGACUGGGAAUUCUAAAUAAAUACCAAUGAUACCUCUCCAGUGUUUCAGAGAAGGAAAAUGUGAUUUGUAUUUGCUGCUUUUGUAUGGUUAAAAUACAGUUAGACCAAGUAUACUUGAAAUGCCAUGAAGUGGCUAUAAUUCAUUAACUUCCUCUUGGCAUCACUAAAUGCAGCGUGCCUCACGCUCUGACUGUAAGGAAAACUGUAUAAAGAAUGCCUGAGUGCUCACCUCGCUCUUUCAAAGUCUUUCUUAACAAGAAAGUCCCUGCUGUAAUCUUCUUCUGUACUGUAUUAUCAGCUCAUAGUGCUGCAGUCCACAUGCCUUUCUGAAUUCAGGCCUGGGGUUUGUCUGUGGAUCUUACCUAAACACCUAUUUGUGUUUUCAUUAUGACCCUAAUCAUUUUAGUAAGGAGAAAUCCUCCACUUCCAAGUUGAAAUGUGAAACUGCACAGAUUAGUUGCUUAUGUAAAUAAAUAUUUCUCUCUCAAAAGACAUUUUUCUCACUUGACAUGCUCUCAUAUUUGCCAGAAGUUAGCUAUGCAUCAUUUUCAUGCAGUUUUAAUACUGCGUGUUUCCCAAAGAAGUUAAGCUGCUUGGAAGUGGGACUCCUGCUCUUGCAUCUGUUCAAAUCUGGGCUUUUGCACCUCUGUUUAUUGUUGUGUCAUUUUAGCAGUUAAUCUGAGGAUGUCUCACUAUGCAAAAUAAGUCUCGAGUUCUAGCAGGUACGGGUUAAUUUGAAGAGUCAUAUUAAAUAAUCGGAAGUUACUGUACAUAUUUUUAUUUAUACUGUAUUCAUUUUCUUAGAAGAAAAGGCAACAUGCAUUAAGCUUCACUGGCACUGCUGCUGGCAAACAAGUCUCUUCUGCAAAGCACAGUUAAAUUCCUGUGGAUCAACUCAGCCAUAUUAAGAACCUAAUACCCCCCUAGUAUCCUAGUGAAUUUACCUGUUCUAAGUCAGAUGAAAAGCUGUCUUCUACCUAUAAUUCAGUAAAUUCUCAUCUCUCAUACUCUACCAGGCAAUUCAACCUGAACAAAAGCAGCUUUUUUCUUUGAAAAACCUGGAUAUUCUCAUCAUGUUGUGGCAAAAAUUGUAUCCCAACGCCACUAGUAGUUUCUUCAUGGAAGCAUGAUAGUGGUAAAAAAGUAUAAAUAGAUAUUGGAUGGAUAUCUUUUAAGUUUUCAAUAUAAACAGCAUUGCACAUAAGUCUUCAAGUCUUCCACAGCUGAGCAGACCUGUAGCCAGCUUUGAGAAUACCACUGCAUUGCCAGCAGCUUUGCUACAAGGCCUUGAAAUCACCAAAUGACUGAAAUACAAGCCUGAGAGACACAUAAAAUUCUAAAUGACCACAUGAAAGUAUCAACAAAAAAGUUGAUUCUACUCAUUAUGCUGUGAAGAGAGCUCUAUAUUUGUAAACACGUGAAACUUGAGAUUAAAAACCUGUCAAUAAACUUA